AUGGCUCCCUUAUGGAUUGCAUUGGCUGUGUGCAGCAUAAUUUGCAGUAGAGCAGCAGCAGAUGUAGGUGUUUGCUAUGGCCUCCAUGGAGACAACCUCCCACCACCAAAAGAGGUGGUGGCACUCUACAAACAUUAUGGGAUUCAAAGCAUGAGGCUCUUUGACCCUAAUCCCUCAGCCCUUGAAGCUCUUAAAGGGUCCGGUAUUGGAGUCAUACUGGGCGUUCCGAAUACAGACAUACCCAACAUUGCAUCAAGCCAAGCUGCUGCCCAGCAAUGGUUUGACACCAAUCUGGCACCAUAUCUGAAUGAUGUGAACUUCUUCAAAAAUGUAGGUGGUAUCAAGGUUGGUACUGCGGUGCCACUGAGCGUAUUGGGAACCUUACUCCCCCCUUCAGCAGGGCAGUUUUCAAAGGAGGUUGAUGGUGUGAUGAGGGCCAUUCUGGGGGUUUUAUCAGCGCAGGGCUCACCCCUAAUGAUCAAUGUGUAUCCUUACUAUGGAUAUGUAGGAGACCCAGCAAAUGUACUCUUGGAUUAUGCAGUGUUUAGGGCCAAUGGCACGGUGGUUAAAGAUGGGCCACUGGGGUAUUCUAACCUGUUUGAUGCGAUGGUGGAUGCCUUUUACUCGGCAAUGGAGAAAGCGGGCGGGAGUACGGUGGGUGUUGUAGUGACUGAGAGUAGUUGGCCGUCUGCUGGGAAAGGAAACGUUACCACCCUAGAGAUUGCAGGGACUUAUAACAGGAAUUUCUUGGCACAUCUCAACGCCAGUGGGACACCAAAGAGGCCUCAUGCUAAGAUAGAUGGAUAUAUUUUUGCGAUGUUCAGUGAGAAUCUAAAGCCCGGUACUGCCACGGAGCAAAAUUUUGGACUCUUCUAUCCUAAUUAUCAUGUAUUUAAUCCGAUAAUCUAA